UCGGUGUGCGGGGCUCUGAGAUGGGAGUCGAGGAGCCAGCCACUCGCUGCCCCAAGUGGGGCCACCCUGUCCGGGCUCCUAAGGGGGGCUUAGGGCACCCCAACCAGUAACUACCGAGGCAGCGUGCGCGGGGCUCCGGGGUCCCCGGGCGGGGGAUGGAAGUGGACCCACGCCCCCACUGGAACGGAGCUGCAGUCUAGCUCUCAGGGCCAGAGUGGGGCAAGAGGAUGCUUUCCCAGCCCCACCAUGGAGCUGCGCUGUGGGGGAUUGCUGUUCAGUUCUCGCUUUGAUUCAGGGAACUUAGCCCAUGUGGAGAAGGUGGAAUCUGUGACUAGUGAUGGGGAAGGAGUAGGAGGGGGGGCAGCAGCCCUCACUAGCACUGUUACUUCUUCCCCUGACUACGAGUUCAACGUGUGGACCCGGCCGGACUGUGCUGAAACAGAAUUUGAGAAUGGAAACAGGUCAUGGUUCUACUUCAGUGUCCGGGGAGGAACCCCGGGAAGACUCAUCAAGAUCAACAUUAUGAACAUGAACAAGCAAAGCAAACUCUAUUCCCAGGGCAUGGCUCCCUUUGUGCGUACAUUGCCCUCCCGGCCUCGCUGGGAACGCAUUCGAGACCGACCCACCUUUGAGAUGACAGAGACGCAGUUUGUGUUGUCCUUUGUUCACCGUUUCGUGGAAGGCCGGGGGGCCACCACCUUCUUCGCCUUCUGCUACCCCUUCUCCUACAGUGACUGCCAGGAUUUGCUAAGCCAGCUAGACCAACGCUUUCCGGAGAAUCACCUUCCCCAUGGCAGCACCCUAGAUACUAUCUAUUACCACCGGGAGCUCCUUUGCUAUUCUCUGGAUGGACUUCGUGUAGAUUUGUUAACAAUCUCUUCUUGCCACGGGCUUCGAGAAGACCGAGAACCCCGUCUAGAACAGCUAUUUCCUGACACCAGCACUCCCCGUCCAUUCUGUUUCACAGGCAAGAGGAUAUUCUUCUUAAGCAGCAGGGUACACCCUGGCGAGACUCCAUCUAGCUUUGUCUUCAAUGGCUUUCUGGACUUCAUCCUUCGACCUGAUGAUCCCAGAGCGCAAACCCUACGUCGCCUCUUUGUCUUUAAGUUGAUUCCCAUGUUGAACCCCGAUGGUGUGGUCCGGGGCCACUACCGCACAGACUCACGUGGCGUGAAUCUGAACCGUCAGUAUUUGAAGCCCGAUGCUAUCCUGCACCCAGCCAUCUAUGGAGCUAAAGCUGUGCUUCUCUACCACCACGUGCACUCACGUCUGAGCUCCAAGAGUCCCCCUGAACACGAACCCACUUCUCAUCUCCUCACUCCUGAAGCUCCUCUUUCUGACCUCGAGAAAGCCAACAACCUCAACAAUGAAGCUCACCUUGGGCAGCCACCUGAUGGGAAAAACCCCGAGGCCUGGACUGGGACGGAGCCAGCAGAAAAGAAGGCUAAUGAUGUGUGGAUUAUGCCCCAAAAGUCUGUUGACCUUGAGGAGCCAGCUCCUGACACCAUCCCCCCAAAAGAGAGUGGCGUUGCCUACUAUGUAGACCUGCAUGGACAUGCUUCCAAAAGGGGCUGCUUCAUGUAUGGAAACAGCUUUAAUGAUGAGAGCACCCAGGUAGAGAACAUGCUGUACCCAAAGCUCAUCUCCUUGAAUUCAGCCCAUUUCGACUUCCAGGGCUGCAAUUUCUCAGAGAAGAACAUGUACGCCCGAGACCGCAGAGACGGCCAGUCUAAAGAGGGAAGCGGCCGCGUGGCAAUCUACAAAGCCUCAGGGAUAAUCCACAGCUACACACUUGAAUGCAACUACAACACUGGACGCUCAGUAAACAGCAUCCCUGCUGCCUGCCAUGACAACGGGCGUGCCAGCCCUCCUCCACCGCCGGCUUUCCCCUCCAGAUACACUGUGGAACUAUUUGAGCAGGUGGGCCGAGCCAUGGCCAUCGCAGCUCUGGACAUGGCAGAAUGUAACCCGUGGCCCCGAAUCGUGCUUUCGGAGCACAGCAGCCUCACCAACCUGCGGGCCUGGAUGCUGAGGCACGUGCGAAACAGCCGAGGGCUGACCACUGGGAACGUGGGUGUCAACAAGAAGAGAUACCCUCGAACUCCUCCCAAAAGUAACAAUGGAUUGCCCAUUUCCUGCUCUGAAAAUGCUCUGAACCGGGCUCGAAGUUUUAGCACUGGCACAGGUGCUGGUGUUGGCAGCAACAACCAACAAAAUUCUCCACAGAUGAAGAACUCCCCAAGCUUUCCUUUUCAUGGCAGUCGGCCUGCAGGGCUUCCAGGCCUGGGCUGCAGCACCCAAAAGGUCAGCCACCGGGUGCUGGGCCCUGUCAGAGAGCCCAGAAGCCAAGACAGGAGAAAGCGGCAGCAGCCACUGAACCAUCGCCCUACUGCAAGCAGCCUAGCCCCACCAACUCCUGCUAGUUCUGGCCCAGCCUCUUCUCGCAACCUAACUUCCUGCCUAAUACCCAAUUCACUCAGCAUAUCAGGGAAUGGCUGCUCACUCUUGUCUUCGGGGGACAAGUCAGAGGCUGUUAUGGUGAUUGGAAAAGGUCUUCUAGGGACUAGUGCUCGGAUUCCCUGCAUCCGAACCCGAUUGCAGGCUAGGCCCAGGUUGUGCCGGGGCUCACCGCCGACUUGCAGAGGGAUGAGAGGUUCUUCAGACCCCACAUCCCCUAUUCCCCGGACCAGAGAGGGCAAUGAUCCAGAGCCCGAACCCAGCUCUGCUACACCAGGGCUGCCUCAGGCUGGCCCUCCACGGCCCCACUCUGCUCCUGCCUUUUCUCCUAUUUCCUGUACACUAUCUGACUCCCCAUCCCGGAUUUGUUAUAGCAGGGGGCCUUUGGGCCAACCUGAGGUUUGUUUUGUCCCUAAAUCUCCCCCACUCACUGUUUCUCCCCGGGUCUGAUAAUGCCUUUACCUUCAUGCCCAGGAUUUAACCACAAGGUGGGGGAACAUGGAAAUAUGUUUGUUCCCUUCCUUGGCUGCUGAUUUCAUGUGGCAAUUCUAACUCCUUGGAAAUGGCAGUCACAAUAUCUCUUGAGGCCUUGCAGAACAUUUGAGACAGGACAAAAUAAGGACCUGCCACCCCUUCCCUCCCUCCACAGCACAAGAUUUGGGGACCACAAAAAAUAUAUCUAUAUUUUUAUAUUUGGGGGGAGGGAAUAGAAAAAGAAAGCCCCUAUACUGGGCCCUAUUCAGUGGCAGCUUCUUGUUCCAUAGGGUUAAGGAAGACUUUGAGGAAAUAAAAGUUGUUUGGGAAAAUCCA